UUUCGACUUGAGAACCAGUGUGACAGACGAUACCGGCGCGCGCGCGCGUUCGUUUACAAAAAUAUGUCGUGCGUUAAAGUGUUAUUGUUUCUUUCGUUUGCGGUAUUGGUUACUAGCCAAGGUCCGCACCCAACUGUCAAAAUCGGAAAUGGUAUAUUGCAAGGUCAAUGGAAGGUAUCCACUAAUGGUCGUAAAUUUGCGAGCUUCAAUGGGAUCCCUUACGCUCGUCCACCACUUGGCAAAUACAGGUUUAGGGAACCACAGCAAAUGAAGCCAUGGUCUGGAGUUUGGGACGCCUCUCGACCUCUCUCAAGUUGCUUGCAAUAUGAACCUUUUCUCAAAACAAUCACGGGUAGUGAAGAUUGUUUGUUCGUAAACGUUCACACACCAAAGUUGAGUCCUGCAGCUUUAUUACCAGUGUUGGUGUUCAUCCACGGUGGUGCGUUUAUGUAUGGUACUGGAUCGGUUUACAAAGCGUCGCAUUUAAUAGACCGAGACAUGGUGGUGGUUACUUUUAACUACCGCCUUGGACCACUAGGUUUUCUCAGUACUGGCGACGAAGUUAUUCCGGGAAAUGCUGGGUUGAAGGACCAAGCCUUCGCCCUGAAGUGGGUUAGAGAUAAUAUCAUGAUGUUCGGCGGUGACCCCCAAAGCAUAACACUUACUGGUUGCUCUGCCGGUGGUGCAAGUGUACACUAUCAUUACCUAUCACCACUAUCUAAAGGCACAUUCCAUCGAGGUAUUGCCUUCAGUGGGUCAGCACUCUCUUCAUGGACCCAUUCAUUGAAACCAGCUGAAAAGGCAAAGGCUCUAGCCGCCAUCGUGGGCUGUCCUACAGGCAACAGCCGAGAGAUGGCUGAUUGCCUUAAAUAUAGACCAGGGGAAGUCAUCGUUAAUGCCCAAAUAGAAAUGAUGGAUUGGAAAGUCCACAUGUUCACGCCAUUCACACCAACCAUCGAAGCUCCCGGUACAAGAGACCCAUUCCUGAGCCAUUACCCAUACAUCGCAAGCCAGUCUGGAUACAUGAGACCAGUUCCUCUCAUCACCUCGGUCACAUCUGAGGAGGGAUUGUAUCCUGCCGCAGCCUAUCAAACGGAUCCAAGCCUACUACCAGAGUUAGAAUCGAGAUGGGAAUAUCUCGCUCCCAAUAUAUUUGAAUACAACGACACCCUGCCCUUGGAAUUGAGAUCUACCGUUGCAAAUAAGAUUAAACAGCACUACUUGGGUGGCAAGCCUGUCAGUCAGGAGACUUUCCCACAGCUGGUUCAAGCUCUCGGAGAUCGUCUCUUCGUGGCGCACGUUGGCAAGUUGGCUCAAAUCCACGCGCAACGUUCCCAUCAGCCAACAUACUUGUACCGCUAUACGUAUCGUGGACAAAACAGUUUGUCAAAUUUAAUGGCCAACAACGAUAAUAACUACGGUGUGAGCCACGCGGAUGACGUGUUAGCAAUUUUCAAGUAUAUACUCAGCGAGAAUAAUGAAGAUGUCAACAUGAGGAACAAACUUAUCGACAUCAUCUACAGUUACAUGACAACAGGAGUACCAAAAAUAGCGAACGGACCAGAAUGGUUACAGGUUAAGCCUGGCGCACCUGAAUUGAACUACCUCGAAAUAGCCGGACCGGACAAAAUAGAAAUGAAAACGAGCUCCGAUUUCGGUCAAACAAAAUUCUGGGACAGUCUUGGAUUUCUUGAGAAUGAAAAGUUCAAUGCGAAUGUUAAGGAUGAAUUAUAAUGUAAUUAAUUUAUUUUUAUAUGAAUGAUAAUG